GGGGGGGGCGUUGACUGACAACGCCUGCUGCCUGCCGGCUUCUCUGCCUCUCUCCAAACUCCAGCACCCGCCCUGGUCCGGGAUCCCGACCCCCCCACCUCGGUCCUGCACCCCCCCCCGCCGGGGCCAGCGGAGGCGGGCCUGCGAUGACGCCUCCCCCGCGGAGCGCCCUGAUUUGACCGCCCCCUCCCCUCCCCCCGCCGCGUGCCGGGGGGCGCGCCGUGCCCGCCCCCCCCAAUGCUCAGCUCAGUGUGCGUCUCCUCCUUCCGCGGGCGCAAGCCGGGCAGCCAGGCGCCAGCCAAGUCAUGCCCCAGGGGGGACAUGGGCCGGCACGAGGAAAGCGAGAAGAUCGUGAUUAACGUGGGGGGGGUGCGGCACGAGACCUACCGCAGCACCCUGCAGACCCUGCCCGGCACCCGCCUGGCCUGGCUCACCGAGCCCGACGCCUGCAGCAACUUCGACUACGACCCGGCCGCCGACGAGUUCUUCUUCGACCGCCACCCGCAGGUCUUCGCCUACGUCCUCAACUACUACCGCACCGGCAAGCUGCACUGCCCGGCCGACGUCUGCGGGCCGCUCUUCGAGGAGGAGCUGGCCUUCUGGGGCAUCGACGAGACCGACGUGGAGGCCUGCUGCUGGAUGAACUACCGGCAGCACCGGGACGCCGAGGAGGCGCUCGACAGCUUCGAGGCCCCCGAGGCCCAGGACGAGGAGGACGCCGCCGGCGACCUCAAGCGGCUCUGCCUGCAGGAGGACGGGCGCCAGGCCGGCUGGUGGCGCCGCUGGCAGCCCAAGCUCUGGGCGCUCUUUGAGGAUCCGUACUCCUCCAAGAUGGCCAGGUACGUGGCCUUCGCCUCCCUCUUCUUCAUCCUCCUCUCCAUCACCACCUUCUGCCUGGAGACGCACGAGGCCUUCAACCGCAUCAUCAACAAGACGGAGACGGUGGCGGUGGCCAACGGGACGGCCACCCAGGUGGCGGUGGAGGUGGAGACGGAGCCGUUCCUCACCUACGUGGAGGGGGCCUGCGUGAUCUGGUUCACCUUCGAGUUCCUCAUGCGCGUCUGCUUCUGCCCGGACAAGCUGGAGUUCGUCAAGAGCAGCCUCAACAUCAUCGAUUUCGUGGCCAUCCUGCCCUUCUACCUGGAGGUGGGUUUGCGGGGCCUCUCCUCCAAGGCGGCCAAGGACGUGCUGGGCUUCCUCCGGGUGGUGCGUUUCGUGCGGAUCCUGCGGAUCUUCAAGCUGACCCGGCACUUCGUGGGGCUGCGGGUGCUGGGCCACACGCUCCGGGCCAGCACCAAUGAGUUCUUGCUCCUCAUCAUCUUCCUGGCCUUGGGCGUCCUCAUCUUCGCCACCAUGAUCUACUACGCGGAGCGGAUCGGGGCCGACCCCAACGACAUCACGGGCAGCAACCACACCUACUUCAAGAACAUCCCCAUCGGGUUCUGGUGGGCCGUGGUGACCAUGACCACGCUGGGCUACGGGGACAUGUACCCCAUGACCUGGUCCGGCAUGCUGGUGGGGGCGCUGUGCGCCCUGGCCGGGGUGCUGACCAUCGCCAUGCCCGUGCCCGUCAUCGUCAACAACUUCGGCAUGUACUACUCCCUGGCCAUGGCCAAGCAGAAACUGCCCAAGAAGAAGAACAAGCACAUCCCCCGGGCGCCCCAGCCCGGCUCGCCCAACUACUGCAAGCCCGAGGGAGCCCCCGGCCCCCGGCCCGGCCCCCCGGCCGCCGACGCCUGCCCCCUGGCCCAGGAGGAGAUCAUCGAGAUCAACCGGGCAGACUCCAAGCAGAACGGCGACGCGGCGAAGGCGGCGCUGGCCAACGAGGACUGUCCCACCAUCGACCAGGCCCUGUCCCCCGAGGAGAAGUCGCCCGUCACCCCCGCGGCCCACGAACGCUACAGCCGGGACCGCGCCUGCUUCCUGCUGACGGCCGGCGAGUUCGGGCCGGCGCCCGACGGCAACAUCCGCAAAGGUUCUGAGAAGUCCCGGAGUCUGAACAGCAUCGUGGGGCUGCGCCUCUCGCCCGGCCCCAGCCCCCUGGGCUCGCCCGGCGCCCCCCGGCGCCCCCGCCCCCCCCUGCCCUCCAUCCUAUAGCCCGGGGGCCCCGGACUCUGCCCCCCCCCGACUUUUUAAGCAAAAAAGAAGAACAAGCAAAAGAACAAGGCAGAAGAGAGGAGGCGUCGCCGGGGGCAACCAGGGGGGCUUCGUCGCCGGGGGCAACGUGGGUCCUGUCCCCCCUUCGGCUGCUACAGGACACGCUACACGGCACUUUCUGGAACAUCCAUGAGUCCCGCCCCUGCCCCCGCCCCCCGGAGCAGGACGCCUGGGUCCCUCCGGGGAGGGGCCUGACCUGGGGCUGUGGGGGGCGGCAGAGUUUGUAUUUUUGGCGGGAGGGAGGUUUGCUCUGAGAAUCCAAAUACUGCAGGGGGGGGGUCCAGGAGCCCCCUGCCCCACACUGCACCUCUGGGUCCUUCGGUCCGUUCCCUCCGUCCGGCUGUGUGUCUCCAUACACCCCCCCUGACUGUCUGUCUGUCCUCGUC